CAGUCGUGCGAGUGAGACUUUCUGAGGACAUUUUCGCUUGAAUUAAACUUUUUUUUUUUUUUGCUUGACUUUAUUUCAAAGAAAGUCAUCGACACAUGCAAGCGGACAUUUUCUGCCUGACAGGGAGAGCGUAGAAGACUGAUAAAGGAUGGAGUCUAGCACAGCAACAGCCAAUGACGUACCUGUAAAGCGUUCAGUGGCAGAACUGGCAGGAAAAUUUGGAAAUUCAGUUAAGAAGGAGGCAGAGAACAGCAAACCAAUUCGUAGGAGGCCUCCAAGUUCCCUUGCACUAAAUGUUAACAGUACUGCUUCUAAGACAGAACCAGAGCACAGUGAAGAACAGAAAGGUACUACUAAUACAAGCAUAUUGCCUCCAAAAGUGAGACCUAAAAGCUCACCUCUCAUUGAAAAACUUCAGGCCAACUUAGUUUUCCCUUCGCAAGCCCUGCCUGGAUCUCCAAAAAGCCCUGGAAUAAAACUUCCCAGUCCUCCUUUUGCCACCCCUCCAUCAACUCCUUCCAGUCCAUCUGUCCGCACAAAGUCAUCAGAAGAAGAACCAGCAACAUUUGAAAAACCUGCAGAGACUUCGGUUCUGCAUAAUAUUAACAAGGGUCGAGCUCGUCAUUCAAUCAAACGUCGUCCUCCAAGUCGUCGGCUCAGAAAAUCAGGAUCAGAUGAUACAGUAAGUAAUACUUCUUCUCCAAGUGAAGAUAAACCUCUGCACCCUGAAGAUGAUGAAGUGUUUAACUCAAAGCCUGAUGAAGAUCCUCAAGAUGCCCAAGACGACAAUGAACUGCUUCCUGAAGACAAAGAAAUCUGCAUGACCAAGUCUGAUGAAUCUGUAGAACAGAGUAAGCCUUGCAUUGUAAACAAGGACAAUAAUGGGGAGAGCAAUAAUAGGGAGCAAGAAAAAGAAGCAACUGGUGGCAGUACACUGGAAGCUGAAAAGUGUAAAGAGGAGGUAAAAGUCAUGGAGAAUUCUCCAGAUAAAUCUCUAGCAGAAUCAAAAAUCAACAAUGAUACAGCGGAGGUCACUCUUUCUUCAAAACCAGAAGAUGUUGCCAUAAAAAAUAAUGAUGAUCCAGAAACUACAGAAAAUAAAGAAGGUGAUGAAAUGGAAAAACCGAAUUUUAAUGAAAAGGAGACAUCUUCAAGUAAGGAUAAUGACAACUGAGGUCAUUGUGGGAGAGACAAAUUGUCCAGUCACUGAAGGCUAUUGUACAGUAGAUUUGCCAGUCUAAAAAGCCAUCGAUCAAAUGAAUUCCAUUUACAAAGGAGAAUCUUCACACAUAAUCUAUCAUGUUAAUUUAUUGUAUACAGUAUGUUAAGUAUGAUCUAGGCCUACUUUUUAAACAAAUCUUACUGCACUUAAAAGUAGGAAACCUUAAGGUGUGUAUUUUAUUUUUAUUCUGAAGAAGAAAACAUGAUUUUUGUAACACAGCCAGCUGAGCAAAUGGCCUUAUCCAAACAAACUACACAUUUUGAAUCAGUGUAAAAUGCACCAAAGAUAUUUAUUUACUGCUUUUGCAAACAGUGACCUGUAAGUGGCACUGUCAUACCAUCAAAUCUAUUUUGAACGUAUCUUAAGGGUUGACAGCUUAUUCUGAAAGUGUAAAUUUAAACAAUGCGAUCAAAUAUUCUACCUUACACAAGUUAUCAGUUUCAGAGUUUUAACAUAAGAAAAUGUAAUACACACGUGCAUACUCAUUAAUACUGUGUUAAAAAGAGGGAAUUUAUAUAUUAAAGCUUAAUUUUUAAAAAUGUCAAAAUUUAUAUGAAAUAAAAACAGUGUAUUAGCUUUUUUA